ACGUGCCCCGUCGACAGUGGCUACUUUAUAAUGUUGCCAUCUCUCACGGGUGUGGUGGUGAUCUUGGCAGCAUUCGCAUUGUUUGCUGUGGUCACUUUCUGGGAAUUAACAAGGUCCAAGACGACGACAUAUUCCUUGAUCCUGAUAACGGGCCUGGCACUAGACAUUCUCGGCUAUGUGGGAACACUGCUCCUCCGGUCCGAUCUUGCAAGCAAGACAUAUUUUCUCGUUUUCCUCCUCGGGACCACGAUGGGACCCACUCUCAUCACAGCGGCCAUCUACACUGUUCUCCCUCACAUAAUGGCCCUAUAUGGAAGUGACGUGAGCAUCGGUCUGAGCCCAGGCUGGAUCGUUUGCUUCCUGUUCCUGCUCGACAUCAGCACACUCUUUUUGCAGGCACUCGGGAGUGCAUUUGCUGCAGAGGGCUUUGACAAAAUCGAAGAAGGCACCAACUUCAUUGUAGCCGGUCUGAUCUUGCAAAUCAUGAGCAUACUGGUUUUCUUUGGCGUGUACUUGUGCUUCAUGUUUCGAGUCGCUCAGAGCAGACAAUUUCUUGAUCCACGGUUUUCCUACGUCUACCUGUCACUCAAGUUCAAGACAACCAUGUUGUGUCUGAACUUAUCCCUGCUUUUCAUUCUCGUCCGAACCGUCGCCCGCAUUGUCCAGUUUUCGAGCGGUCUGAGCUCUUCACUAUCACAAUCACAAUUUUACCUGCCUGUGCUCGACGGUGGUCUCGUCCUUCUUGCAGUGUUCCUUCUCACAAUUGCACACCCACCAUCGGCAUUCGGUGACGCCUGGACCACCACCUCCCCACGAAAC